AUGCGACCCGGCCUCUCAGAAAUCAUUCGCGCCACCGCGACCUCCCUCCCUCCCAUAACAGACAAAUCAUUCGCAUCCCACUUCGACUUCCUCUCCCGCCACCACCUCGUACUGCUCGGGGACUCCUCCCACGGGUCCUCCGAGUUCUACCACGCUCGCGCUGAAAUCACCAAACGCCUAAUCGAGCACCACGGCUUCACAACCGUCGCUCUAGAAGCCGACUGGCCGGACGCAGAAUGCAUUGAUCGCUAUAUCCGCGAGCGUCCUGGGCCGAAGACGGAGUUGAAGGAACAUGAACCCCCAGAUGCGCCGUUUGAGCGGUUUCCAACGUGGAUGUGGCGUAAUAAAGAAGUACAAGAUUUCACGCACUGGUUGCGAGACUACAAUACAUCGCAACUCAGCCCCGAUCGUGCGGGAGUCUUCGGGCUUGAUCUCUACAGCAUGGGCAGCUCGCUGAACGCAGUGACCAAGUACCUCGACUCCGUGGAUCCUGUGCUGGCCGAGACGGCUAGGCGGCGGUACGCGUGCCUUGACCCCUGGGUGGAUGACCCGUCGGAAUACGGGAUUGCGUCUAUGAUGUCCCCCGCCUUCAAGUCGUGUGAGGAGAACAUCUCAUCGGUCCUCAUGGACCUUCUGAAGCGGCGCCUCGAGUACGCGGCUGCGAGGGGGGAUGGCGAGGAAUUCCACAGCGCGGAGCAGAAUGCUCGGCUCGUUGUUGACGCGGAGAGGUAUUAUAGGUCGAUGUUCUAUGCCGAUGACAAGAGCUGGAAUCUGAGGGAUCGGCAUAUGUUCGAUACGCUGAAUCGCUUAACGAAGUUUAGGAGGGGCGGGGUGGUGGUGUGGGCGCAUAAUAGCCAUCUUGGGGAUGCGAGAUAUACGGAUAUGUCGAAGAGGGGGGAGUUGAAUCUAGGACAGUUGUGUAGGGAGAAAUGGGGCCCGGGGGUGGCAAUUUUGGGAUGCGGAAGCCAUGAUGGGACUGUGGCGGCGGCGCACUCUUGGGAUGGGGAUAUGCAGACUAUGAACGUUGUAGCUUCGCGCGAGGAUAGCUGGGAAAGAGUUGCGCAUAAUACGGGGAUGGCGAGUUUUGUGCUUAAUAUCCGCGAGGCGGGUUUGCAUGAUGAGCGGCUGAAGAGGGCGUUGGAGGAGCAGAAGCUGGAGCGGUUUAUUGGGGUUAUUUAUAAGCCGGAGACGGAGAGGCAGAGCCAUUAUAGUAGGGCGGCGCUGGGGAAGCAGUUUGACGCGUGGUUAUGGUUUGAUAGAACGGAAGCGGUGAAGCCGUUGGAGAAGAGGCAGUUGAAGACGCCAGCGGGGUUGGAGGAGACCUAUCCUUUUGGGUUGUAG